UAACGUUUUCUUUUCCCACUGUCUCACUGGAUUUCUAGGGUUUCUCUUCUUAACUUAUUCACCAGGAGCGGUCCUCUUCCGGGCCUUUUCUUCCCGCUCCUUCUGCCCCUUUCCAUGGAUUAUCCCUUUCUUUAACUUCAAAUUUUGCUCGUUCUUAUAUUUCAUUCCAUGCUUUACGCUUUAUAUAUAUAUUUUUUGUUUCUGGAUUAUUUGAUUCCUGUUCUGAAGGCUAAAACCUUCAACACUUCGAUUCUUCGCCAUUCUGACCUGUGGAUUAAUCCCGGAAGGCACUGUUGCCCUCAAUGCAGCUUCUUAACUCCGAAGAAACGGUCGCCGACUCGUCGGAAAGCGGCCUUGGGGAGGAAAGAAAUUUGAAAUCUUCUAACUUGGUUUCGUUUGAGGGUGAUAGUGGAAACGAAACCGAUGAUUCGGUUAUUGAUGUAUCGGGGAAAAACUUGGAUUCUCACUUCUUGGAGGGUUCCCACAGCUCAGUGAAGGGUCUGUACAUAUUUCGGAAUGCGUUCAAUUUGAUUCCGAAAUCAGUUGGCAACUUUAGAGAAUUGAGAAUGCUGAAGUUCUUCGGGAACGAGAUUAAUUUGUUUCCGCCGGAGUUGAAGAACUUUUCGGGGUUAGAAUGCUUGCAGGUGAAGUUAUCAUCACCGGGUUUUGGUGGUUUAUCAUUACACGAACUGAAGGAUCUGAAGGAGCUCGAACUAUCGAAGAUUCCUCCUAAACCUUCGUCGUUUCCAAUUCUUAGUGAGAUCGCUGGCCUUAAGUGCUUGACUAAGCUCACUGUUUGUCACUUUUCUAUUAGGUAUCUUUGUCGCGUUCCCUUUUCCUUCAGAUUCCUUCCUCCUGAAAUUGGCUGCCUGGAUAGUUUGGAGUAUCUAGAUCUCUCAUUUAAUAAGAUGAAGAGCCUUCCAGCAGAAAUAGGCUAUUUGAAUGCUUUGAUAUCCUUGAGAGUUGCCAAUAACAAGUUGGUGGAACUACCUCCAGCUUUGUCCUCCCUGCAAAAGUUGGAGAAUUUGGAUCUCUCAAGUAAUAGGUUAACGUCAUUGGGAUCUCUUGAACUUGUAUCUAUGCAUAGCCUUAAGAACUUAAAUUUACAGUACAAUAAGUUUCUAAGAAGGUGUCAGAUACCCUCCUGGAUAUGCUGCAACUUUGAAGGAAAUUGUGGAGACAAAAUAGCUGAUGAAGAAUGUAUUAGUUCUACAGUUGAAAUGGAUGUUUAUGAAGCCACCAUUCCAGACAAUAGUGAUAAUUUUCCACAUAAAGGUAUUCGUAAUCUCUCAUCAAACCUAUUAAUGGGAUCUUCAACAAACAGUAGAUCAUUUGCAUCUCGAAAAUCAGGUAAGCGAUGGCGGAGACGACAUUAUUUACAGCAAAAAGCUCGCCAGGAGCGUUUGAAUAAUAGCAGGAAGUGGAAAGGAGUAGAUCAUCAUACUGAAGUGAAGAUCCAUGAAAAUCAUGAACUUGGGAGGCUUGAUACUGCUCCUACUUCUGAAACUACAGUUGAAGAUUCAUCAGUUAUUGAGGAGUUAUAUGAUAGUAAAGAGACCAGUCAUGGAAAAGAUGAAGGGGAAGAUCUUAUCAAGAACCAUGAGAAGGACAAUUUUGAUGUCAAAAAGGAACUACCUGUGGAGGAGUCCUCAGGUAUCUGUAUUGGUGCUGCAGGAAAAAUGACAAGGGACGACAAUGAAUGUCGUGAGCCCAGUGAGACUUUGCCGCUACCAGGAAAUGAAGCACAUGACCUAGAAGGGUCAUCAUCCCAAAUAUCAAAGGAUAAUGCUAAGUUGAAAAGAUAUUCUGAGAGGGAACUUGAUAAUCCUAAACCUUGCAAGUCAAGAAAGGCAGCUGAAGAUAGCUCAAGUUUAUCUUGCAAGUACAAUAAUAUAUCAUUUUGCAGCGUUGAAGAUUAUGUUCCGGAUGGAUUUUAUGAUGCAGGGCGUGAUCGUCCCUUUAUGUCAUUAAGGAAUUAUGAGCAAAAUUUUCAUCUUGAUUCUCGUGAAGUCAUUCUUGUCAACAGGGAACAUGAUGAAUUAUUAGACUCUACAGUGAUAUCUGCGAAGUCAUUGGUACUUCGUCUAAAGCAGAUUAACCGAACCCAAGAAAGACAUCAAGUUCUUGAUGACAUGCAUAUCAUACAAGUACUUGCUCUAUUUGUGUCUGAUCAUUUUGGAGGCAGUGAUAGAAGUGCAAUGGUUGAGAAAACACGGAAAGCUGUUUCUGGUUCCAAGUAUCAGAAGCCUUUUGUCUGCACCUGCUCAACUGGAGAUCGGAAUAAUCUUACUGCGUCCACUAAAUUAACAGUGGAUAAUUAUGAGGAUAUUCUUUUUACUGAUAUCUGUGAGAAAUCUCUUCGUGCUAUUAAAGCUAGUCGAAAUUCCGUCAUAGUUCCCCUUGGAGCUCUGAAAUUUGGUGUGUGCAGGCAUAGAGCGCUUCUUCUUAAGUAUUUGUGUGACCGAAUGGAGCCUCCAGUACCUUGUGAGCUUGUGAGAGGUUACUUGGAUUUCUUGCCUCAUGCCUGGAAUGUGAUCUUAGUGAAAAGAGGCAAUGCUUUGGUUCGAAUGGUUGUUGAUGCAUGUCGACCAAAUGAUAUACGAGAAGAAGCAGAUCCUGAGUAUUUUUGCAGGUAUAUUCCUCUCAGUCGUGCAGAACUUCCUAUUUCUUUCGGAAUGUCAUCCAGUCCAGGGUUUUCCUUCCCGUCUCUGUCCAACUGUGAUGAGAUUGAGAAGGCACCUUCUAGUUCUGUGAUAAAGUGCAAACUUGGGUCAGUUGAGGCCGCUGCAAAGUUACGGAUGCUUGAAGUUUGUGAAUCUUCAUUUGAUGAGAUAAGGAACUUUGAAUACAGUUGCUUAGGUGAAGUUAGAAUACUGGGUGCUUUGAAACACUCCUGCAUAGUACAGAUGUAUGGGCAUCAGAUAUCUUCCGAAUGGAUUCCUUCUGAGGACGGAAAACUGAAGCGCCGGUUACUUAGAUCUGCAAUUUUUUUAGAGCACGUUAAAGGGGGAUCUUUAAAGAGCUACUUGGACAAGUUGUACCAAGCUGGGAAAAAGCACAUUCCAAUGGAUCUGGCAUUGCAUGUAGCUCGAGAUGUUGCAAGUGCUUUGGUAGAGCUGCAUUCGAAACACAUCAUUCAUCGUGACAUCAAAAGUGAAAAUGUUUUGAUAGAUUUUGAUGAAAAUUCUGAUGGAGUUCCCAUGGUUAAGCUUUGUGAUUUUGAUAGAGCAGUGCCCCUUCGAUCUUCCUUGCACACUUGUUGCAUUGCCCAUACUGGAAUACCUCCUCCUGAUGUUUGUGUUGGAACACCUCGAUGGAUGGCUCCAGAAGUUCUACGAGCAAUGCAUACACCAAAUGUUUAUGGACUGGAAGUGGAUAUUUGGUCAUUUGGAUGUCUGUUAUUUGAACUGUUGACUUUUCAAAUUCCGUACUUGGGGCUGACAGAGUUGCAGAUUUUCGAUCAACUUCAGAUGGGCAAACGACCAGAAUUGAUAGGAGAGCUUGAGGAGGAGGCACUGGGGUUGAUAAAGGAAAGCUCAAUGUCUCAAUCUGUUCAAGAAUCAGAUGGUUCAGAGAAAGACCAAGAAACCAAAACAUUCUUGAUCGACUUGUUUUGCAAGUGUACUCAAAAAAAUCCGAACGACCGACCAACAGCGGAAGAACUACACAAAAUUCUGCUUGAGCACACAGCCAAAGUAUAAUCUUUAGAAAAACUAGCCACAUGAAAUUGAUACCCUCAGCCGCCCCGUAACCUUAUCCCAAAUUUUUGAAGCCCUAGAACGUUUGUAUUAUGUUUCCUGGAUCCUUGUAGUAGGGCCUUCUGUCCCCUGAAUUAGUCGUAGUCUCACAGGUUGUUUUAGAAUACAGUGGCUGGCGCUAAGUAAGUAAGUAGUAAAGGUAGAAUAUCUAAUCGUAAUGUAAUUAAAACCCACAAUUUUUUAGGCAAAUUUACCCCCACAUCCAAACCAGUGAGGAGAAUUGAUUCUGAUGCAGUUGUGUGUAGAGAACUUGAGGGAGACAUUUAAGAGAAACGUGGGAUCCUCAUUAGUUGUACCCCUCACCGUUGUCUUCAACAUAAUCUUAUUAUCAAUUGUUUUCCCCAUGCUUUCUUUGA